GAGUAGAAGGAGGGAGGAGGAGUAGGCGGAGGUGCGGCGUCCGUUAGCACAGCGCGAGGGGGGUGGGGGUGGUGGUGGUGCCGUGCGUGGCGGAGCGGGGAUGGGCGUGGGCCCGUGGGUCCGCGUGGCCGUGGGCCUCCUCGCCGUGGGGGUGUGCGCGGCCGGCGUCCCGCGCGCCCGGGACCCGGGCCGCCGCCGCACCUUCUACAGCGACGACGACGACGACGGCGACGACGGCGGCGGCAUCGGCGGAGGCAUCGGCAGCAUCGUCGACGAGGAGCUCAACUACAAUGUGCAGCGCAUCAACGAGGAGAAGACGAGGCACGGCCAGGGGGGAAACUUCGGCGACGACUUUGGGCUCCCGAAGAAGGGCGGCGGCGGCGGCGGCAUCUUCGGCGGUGACGAUGACGACGAAGACGACGACGAUGACGACAAUGAUGAAGGUGACGACGACGGCAAGGGAGGCGGCGGGAAGGUCGGCGGCGGUGGACGCCGUCGCCUGAACGAGCCGAAUCGCCCCGUCGUGGCCACCAACUACGGCAAGCUGCGGGGAAUCCGUGUCUCCCUGCCCUCGCCCGACGCGGUGCUGCGCUCCGACGGGAGAGGUGCAGAGGGACCUGGAGCUGGCCCUGCGGGGACGCCCGGCGGAGGCCCUGGCGGUGGAGGCCCCGGCGGCGGCGGCGGCGGCGCCCCCCUGGUCGUGACGCAGUUCCUGGGGGUGCCGUACGCCCGCGCCCCCCGCGGCGAGCGCCGCUUCUCGGCGGCGGAGCCCCCCGCCGUGUGGAGCGGGGAGAGGGAGGCGGCGACGCGGGGCCCCCCCUGCCCACAGCCGGUGCCCAACCACAGGGGGCCCGAUUGGACUGGCUGGGGGAUGCUGCCCGUGUGGGAGGCUGGCAACGAACGUCUGGCCACGUGGCUAAGCUCCAAGCAAAGCGAGGAAUGCCUCAACCUGGAUGUGUACAUCCCGGGCCGCGAUGUCCCCGGUGAGAGGCCGCCCCUGGCCGUGAUGGUGUUUCUCCACGGGGGCUCGUUCCUGGACGGAGCGGGUGGCCUCUACGACGGCAGCGCCCUCGCCGCGCACGGGGACGUGAUCGUGGUGAUCGUCACCUACCGCCUCGGCGUGCUCGGUUUCUUCAGCACGGGGGACUCGCUGGCACGCGGCAACUACGGCCUGCUGGACCAGGUGAUGGCGCUGCGCUGGGUCCGAGAAAACGUCGGCCACUUUGGGGGUGACCAGGGGCGCGUGACGCUCGUGGGCGCCGGCACGGGGGCCGCGUGUGCCAGCCUCCUCGCGCUGUCGCACCACGCUGAGGGCCUCUUCCAGCGCGUGAUUGCUCAGAGCGGCACGGCCCUGUCCAGCUGGGCCCUCAACCAUCGCCCUGAGCUGUCGGCGGCUGCCCUGGCGCGCUCCGUUGGCUGCCUGCGGCCCCUUCCGCCGCCCCCACGGCACCGCGGCUCUGCGCCCCACCGCCAGCAGCAGCAGCAGCAGCAGCAGCAGCAGCGGCAGCGGGACGUGACGGUGGUGGGCCCGGCUGCCAUGGCGUGCCUGCGGCGCAAGUCAACGGAGGAGCUCGUCGAGGCGUCGGCCUCGCUCUCCGAGUUUUCUUUGUCGUCGUCGUCGUCGUCGCCGUCGUCGUCGUCCUCGCCGCCACCGCUUUCUCCGUUCUCGUUCUCGCCCUCGCACUUCCGCUCGGUGUUCGCGCCCACGGUGGACGGGGAGGUGAUCCCGGACGACCCGCGCGCACUGCUCGAGCAGGGGGAGUUCCUCAACUACAACACGAUGCUGGGCGUCGCGCAGGCCGAGGGCCUCCGCCUCGCCGAGGCCUUCCUGGAGCCCGACGAGCGGCCGGCCUUCAGCCUCGGCCUCAGCGGCGGCGGCGGUUUUGGCGGCGGCGGCGCCGAGACGCAGGGCGGCCUCGACGGGCGGAGCGCAACGGCCACAAAGCCCGGAGCGAAGGUAGCCGCGGUGGAGUCGCGGAGGCCUGCACUUCCGGGGGCUCCCCCCGCCAUUGCCGAAGCCGCUCCGGCCGUCCUGGGCCCCUACGAGGACCGCAACCCGGCAGGAGGCGGCGCUUUCUCGGCGGCAUUCUCGCGUGCCGUCGAUGAGCUGGUGGACGGGCUGUAUGCGGCGGAGGUCGUGGGCGACGGAGACGGUGGCGACGACGACGACGACGACAGCGACGACCAGGAUUCGGAGCCGCCGGGGACGGAGGCGCUGCGCGAGACGGUGCGCUUCAUGUACACGGACUGGGCUGACCGGGACAAUGCGGAGAUGCGGCGCAAGACCCUGCUGGCGCUCCUCACGGACCAUCAGUGGGUGGCGCCGGCGGUGGCCACGGCCGACCUGCGCAGUCAGUUCGGCUCACCGACCUACUUCUACGCGCUCUACCAGCGGUGCGACGGGGAACCCACCCCGUCCGUCGGUGCCGGCGGCAGCAGCGGCAGCAGCGGCACGACCGGUGUGAAGGACAGAGGCGGGGGGGACUCGGUGGCCUCGAAGACUUUGACGGCAGCCGCGUCGGUGCCGUCGGCGCGGGCGGGAGCCGCGCCGGCGCCAGUGGCGCCGGCGGGGGGAGGAGCGGCGGCGGCGUCGUCGUCGAGGCCGGCCUGGGCGGACGCGGCGCACGGCGAUGAGCUGCCCUACGUGCUGGGCGCCCCCUUCCUGCGCCCAUCCUCGCGCUUCUCCCGCAUGUUCGCGUGCAACUUCUCGCGGGGCGACGCGGCGCUCAGCGCCACCGUCAUCGCCUACUGGAGCAACUUCGCCAAGAGCGGCGACCCCAACCGCCCUGAGAUCACGGAUGAUGACGAUGACGACAUCGAUGGCGGCGGCGGCGGCGGUGGCGCCGGCGGCGAGGACGGCGCCGACGGCGGCGCCCGCUCCAGCAUCUUCGUCGAGGUCCCUUGGCGCCGCUACAGCCCCCGUGAGCAGCACUACCUCCACCUGGGCCCACGGCCGCGCCUGCGUGAACACUACCGCGCCAACAAGGUCGCCUUCUGGCUCGAGCUGGUUGCCGCACCUGCAGUACAUGGCCUCCUCCUCGUCCACCUCGUACGAGGGCCGCCACUUCACGGGUUUCGGUGCUACGCGGAGGCCGCCGGGGGCCGUUGGCCGCCGGGGCCCCUCGGGCACAGGCUACGGCACGACGAGGAGGCCCAAGGGGCCGGACCGCGCCAGCCGCAAGGACAAGGGAGGGGUCGACAACCCGGGCGGCGGUGGAGGCUCGACCCGGCGGCAGGAAGGCGGCACCGGCAGCGGGAUCGAAGGCGGCAAUGAGGCCGGGCGGGAUGGCGACGCGAGCCAACGGCGG